CCCUGCGCCCCGUGCGAGCGCGCCCUGCCGGGGCCCCCGGCUCAGCCGCCCCGGAGGCCCAAACCGCGCGCAAACUUUUGCUCCAGUGCCCGGCGCUCCUCCCAGGCAUGUGAAGCCCCCAGGCGCCCGCGCAGUCGCCAGGUUCGCCCCGGGAGCGGGUGCCGCGGGCCGAGAUGCUCCUCCGGGACCUGGUGCUGCGCCGUGGCUACUGCUGGCCCUCACUGCUGCUGCACUGCGCGCUCCAUCCGCUCUGGGGCUUCGUGCAGGUGACGCACGGGGAGCCCCGGAAGUCCUGCUCCAAGGUGACGGACAGCUGCCAACACAUCUGCCAGUGCCGGCCCCCGCCCCCGCUGCCCCCGCCCCCGCCGCCCCCGCCGCCUCCCCGACUCCUCUCCGCCCCAGCUCCCAACGCUACCUCGUGUCCCACUGAGGAAAGCUGGUGGUCGGGGCCGGUGAUCAUCAUCGCGGUCUGUUGUGCCUCCCUGGUGUUUCUCACUGUGCUUGUCAUCAUUUGCUACAAAGCCAUAAAGAGGGUAUUGGCUGAAAGACCAAUAAAAGGCUGCAGAACAGUUUGGCUGACCCUGCAGGCUGCUAAUUGCAGACAAUAAGCAAGCAUGCUGCUCCCUGGGAGUACGCUGCGGUGUGCACACGUGUGCCUGAGAGUGCCUGGGCACCCGCAUCAUCGCUGGGCUCCCGUGCACAUCAGCUUUUCGUGGUUGAGUUGCUUCCAGGAGAACAGACACUUUUGAACACCCAAGUCUCCUUGAUGGGCCUUAGAACCCACUGACCGGCAUAGGCUGCUCAGUGAGCCAGUGCUGGGCCACACGUAUUUAUCGAGCACCUACUGUGUGCUGGGACCUAGACUAGAUGUCAGGGAUGUAGCGAUAAACAAGACUGGGUCCCUGCCCACCCGCUCCUUCUGGGAGAAGCAGAUCAAACAUACACACACUGGCAAAUUAAUAAAUGAAGUGCUUUAAAA